AUGCCGACUUUUCUAACACUGCGAUUGACUGAAAGUUCAGGCCAAGCUCACAGCAGCAAAAGAAACUUCGGGAGAGAAAUUCAUGUUUUUGAAACGUCAGCUGCUUCUUCUUCGCACACGGAAGAGUCUAUUACUGAGGAGACAGAUGAAUUUUUUGAGUUUACAGCAGAGGAUUAUUAUCGGAUUAUGAAUGCCAAAAAGGAAGAUAAGGUUCUAAAACACGAAAGCUUAAAGAGGCAGAACAGGCCAAGGAUAACAAAGACUGUGAUCAGGGUUCGAUUUCCUGAUAAUCACACAUUAGAGGCCACUUUUCAUCCAUCAGAAACCGUUCAGAGCUUGGUUGAUCUCCUCACGAAAAUAGUUGCUCGACCAGAAUUACCAUUCUACAUAUAUACUACAACUCCUAAGAAGCAGAUAAAAGACACGUCACAGGAUUUUUACUCUGCUGGCUUUGUUCCUGGUGCAAUUGUGUAUUUUUCAUAUAAUAUGCCAAAAGAUGAUGCUUCAGAUGCCAAGUCAGGUCCCUUCCUUCAGGAAGAGAUCGUGUCUUUGAAAGGUUUGGAACUCCUCACUAAACAUGCAGAGCCUGUUGAGUCUGCACCAGAAACAAUACCAGAGGCAUCACCUCCUGUUGUUCAAGAGAAGAAGCCUGCGGAGAAAAAACCUGUUAAGCCAAAGUGGCUGAAACUGUGACAUGAAUCACAUGAGUUCUGUAAAUUGAUGAGAGCAACUCCCUAUCUUUAAGAUUGUGCUGAUUCUGACCCUUAUUUGAUGGCCGCAACUUGCCGUCGGAUAAUUGUUAGGAUUUUAAAGAGAGAACUUUUGCAUAUGUGCUUUGCUAAGGUGGUUCUUAUUUUCUAAAACAAUAUAUGAAUGUUAACCAUAUAUGACAUGUCAGUGACUGUGCUUCAAAUUAUUUUGC